UGGACAGCUUCAAUUACGAUAACAUUUUAUUUGAAAUCGACAGCAAUUAAAUUCAUAGCUAGUUUUGCGGCAACGGAUUUCAUCGCAUUGGAAAUUUAUCGCCAAUGGAACUUGUUGAUAAAUUUAUUAAUGUAACUUCAAUGGCGAAUGUUAACGCUAUUAUUUUAUUAAUUUUGCUUGUUUCCGUGAAAUUCAAAAAAGCAGUUGAUUUAAAAUUUCAUUUAAUGUGCCUUUAUUAUGCAUUGGCUGUUGAUUUUAUACAUGACUAUGUUGUAUUUAAAAAUAUAAUAUAUUUAAAAAUAAAUAAUAAUAAUAGACAUAAGAACAUUGCUUUAAUGUAUAUAUUGUAUAUAUGGAUCCACCACUUAAAAUCACUGUUCUGCUUUUUAUAGCAAUAUCUGUUGUGAAUCAAGACACGAUGAACGCGUCGAAAUCAUUGAAAGAAACGCACCCUCAAAAAUAUUACUUGAAAUUAAUGUGCAAAUUCAUCUAUUUUAUGGGAAUGGGUGACUGUUGGUAUGAGAAAACAAAGCGCAGUAAAACUCACAAAGUCCUAUACGGUAUUUGGGCAUUUAUUAUAAAUGCCUAUGUUAUUCUCACCACCAUUAACGGAGUUUUGGCCAACUUCAGGUCAGACUUGUUAGUCAAAGAAAGAAAUGAUCUAAUUCAGUUCUCUUUUGCACACCCGUCUUUCUGCCUUAAGUACAUAAUUCUGAUAUUCCAAAAAGAGCGGGUUCGUGUUUUGUUGGAGAGAAUGCUGGAGGGUACCAGAUCUAUUUAUUCUUCUGUUGAGAUAGACAGAGCGAGUAUGAAAUCAGCUUUCAUCUAUGUCUCCAGUAUGGUUGUUUCUACCUUUGGAACUCUCUUGUUUGCGACUAUCGAUGGAAUAUGGACUCAUAUUAAGGAAGGAAUUCCAAUUCGGACCGAAGUGGUAUUAUAUCCAACCAGAUCAGACUCAGGAGUCUUCGUCAACAUUCUCCGUGUCAUGGUCGAGCUUCACUGGUGGUGUAUCGUCACCUAUAUGCUCCUUGUUAACGCUCUAUCAACUUUCUCAUUAACAUUCACCGGCUACAAGUUUAAACUAGUAAGAAGGUGUGCCCAGAAUAUGCAGUACGCCAUCGGGAACAUUUAUAGCAUCCAAGUGAUAGAGACAACUGCUCUAAUGGUCAUGACCCUCGUCAGACUGGUGGCUUCGAUGGUGGGCACCUCGAUAUUCCACAGCGGUUGGGAUAUGGUGCCCGUGAGCAAGUCCCUCCGCUGCAUGGUGGUGGUCUCGAUACAGCGCAGCCAGGUGCCCGUCUACAUGUCAGCUUUCGGCAUUAUUAUGCUGUCUCACGCCAACUUCGUAACGUUGAUGCGUUCAUCCUACUCGUUCUUUGCCGUCAUGUACUGA